GUUUACUUAUUAGUUUCGCUAGAGAAUAUUAUGAUAUAGCAUCCAUAUCUUUUGUUUAAAAUUCAAAAAUGCUUAUAAUAUAAAGAUUACUCAGUCUGCACAACACAUAUAUGUAUAGCUUUUGAGCGCCAGCGAAGGAGAAAAAGACAAAAUUAACUUGUUCAUUUAUCAUAGUCUGAACUCUGAAGAGAUUGAUUGUAUGUGCCUAUAAGUCCGCCACGAAAAUAGCACACAUAUCAAUCUUGGAAACAUGAGAGAGGAUAAUAGCGCUUUGAAAACGCGCGUUCUGGUGGUUGGCGGGACGGGGUCGUUAGGGAGGAGGAUCGUAACGGCGUGUUUGGCUGAGGGACACGAGACUUACGUUCUGCAGCGGCCAGAGAUCGGAGUGGACCUCGAGAAGGUGCAGCUCCUUCACUCUUUCAAAAGACUCGGCGCACGUCUAGUCGAAGCAUCGUUCACUGACCACCAGAGCCUUGUCUCCGCCGUGAAACAAGUCGACGUUGUUGUCUCCGCCAUGUCCGGUGUUCAUUUUCGUAGCCACAAUAUCCUCGUUCAGCUCAAGCUCGUCGAAGCCAUCAAAGAGGCCGGUAACAUCAAGCGCUUUUUACCAUCAGAAUUUGAAAUGGAUCCGCCACGUAUGGGACAUGCGAUUCCACCAGGAAGAGAAACGUUCGAUCAAAAAAUGGAAGUACGAAAUGCAAUUGAGAUGGCCGGAAUCCCCCAUACAUACAUCGUUGGCGCUUGUUUUGCCGCAUACUUUGUCGGAAAUUUAUCUCAAAUGGGAACUUUGAUCCCUCCAAAGAAAAAGGUCAAUAUUUAUGGAGACGGAAAUGUAAAAGUGGUGUUCGCAGAUGAAAAUGACAUUGCAAAAUAUACUGCAAAGACGCUUAACGAUCCUCGGACGAUAAAUAAAACUGUGUAUCUUAGACCAGCCGAUAACAUUCUCACACAAAUGGAGUUGGUUAAGAUAUGGGAAAAGUUAACCGGAAAAGAAUUGGAGAAAACCAAUAUUUUUGCAAAUGACUUUCUUGCCGACAUUGAAGGCAAGUCUCGAUCAUUCAUAUAUAUAGUAACAAAGCAAACGUUUUGGAUUAUAUUUCUUUUACGCCUCCCGUAA